UGCAUUGAAGGUCCGAGCAAUUUUAUAUCAGAUGAAGCUGUCUGAAUGAAAUGAUCUUUCACGAAAGUAAAUACAUGUACAUCUAAAAAAAGCAGUAAUUUUAUUAUUUUUAGUUAUAGUUAACUAACUACUUAUAUAUUGCGGUUUAAUUACAUUAUAUAUUUGAAACACUUGUAUUCAAACCAAGUUUAUUAUUAACCAUAGUUUAUUACUUUAAAGGUCAGAGCAAUUUAACACGUAAACCUGUCGAGAAUAAAGCUGCCUUAAACGAAAGUAAGUAAAUUUGUUAUAUAGCUAGCGUGAACACCAAACGUGAUUGGCUGAUUUGUGGUCACGUGACUUCAGAUAAAUGCAAUGUUUCCCGCCGGGCAACAAGUGAAAAAUUGUUGCCCGCCCCGACCGGCCACGUACAUAAAUAAACAAAAUGGAGGCAAAACUCAGAUAAUUAGAAACUACGAUUUUCCAAGUUUGUGUUCAAAUAAAGAAUAUAAAAGAGAAGAAAAAUACACAACAGGCAACAGGAUAUGCUGCUGAAACCGUUUUACGUUUAAAUAGGUUCUUUUAAUUUUAAACUCGUUUACACUAUAGAGUUUUUGUCACGAAAUACAAUUGUUGUAUGAAUGUUGUUGAAGUUGAUUUUUGUUCGUCGCUAUACAGUGUGUAUCAAAAUAAUUCGAAUCCAAAAUAAUUCGACUGCUGUUUAUAAAAUACUAAAGUAAACCAUAUAAUUUUUAUUUGGCAAUAAAGAAUAGCCUAUUAGUGUAUUAAGAAUAGCCUAUUAUAACAAUGGUGUAAAAACCAACCGAAUUUGUCAAAUAUAUUCUGCGUUAUUACACGCCAAAUUUGGAUUCGAAUUAUUUUGAUACACACUGUAUAACAAAACACUUAAUGCCUGUUCCCUCGGGAAAUAGUCAGUUUUGUUUUCCCUCAAAUCUUAAUGUUUCCCUCGACUUCGUCUCGGGAAACAUUGAGAUUCUCGGGAAAACAAAACUAACUAUUUCCCUCGGGUGCAGACAUUAAGUGUAUAGUGUAUAACUCAUAACUUACAUCCAUACUCUUCAUAUUGUAAAUUCAAAAAGUCAAAACCAACGUAUCAGGUGUAGAAAAUGUAUCGGACCAUGGGGCCAUUGGUCCCAGAAAAUUUUUUAUGUUCCCAGAAAAUAUUUUAAGGAAUGGAAUAAAAUACAAAGCAAACUUGACUUACAAAGUUAAAUUUUUGAGUUCUCAGAAAAUAUUUUAAGUUAUAAACUUCUAAUAUUUUAACUUUUUAACUUAUCAGAGAAAGAUAUUAUAUACUUUUACAGUGUGGACUGUGGACCACUGUAGUGGUAGUCAUAUAAAAACUGUAUGUAUCAGUGAUGAGUCACAGGUAUAAACAGGUAUCAAAACAAAAUUAAUUAGCUCAUGGCAUGCUUAUUACACAAUAGUGUUGCAAUAUGGCAUAUUGUUGUUAAUACACAUGAAAUACCAAUGCCAUACCAAUGUCCCCCUACAAUAGUAUUACAUAUAAUAAAUCAAUAUCAAUGACAGUACCUUUGGAAACAAAUUAAAUACACGUAAUACUAUGGAUGUGUUUUAUCUUUUUCACCAAUAACAAUGGUAUAGUAUCAAUUUGUUAUUUACAAAUUGAUACUACCAUUGUACUGUUAUUUUCGUUAAAAAACAGCAGAACAUUUUUUGGUUUUACUCUGCAGUCGAAGAAAGAAAAAUAUUUUUUCCACCCCUGCAACGUAUUUCGUAUCCUGGACGUAUAAAAAUGUGCUGCAUACUGUCUGAUGUGCAAAUUCAGAGCUAAGACACAAAGGUUUGUUAACUUUGACUUUUGUUUUAUUCGUAAACAUGCCUGUUAUUGGCUACAUCCAUCAACUGUCGCCUGUAAAGCAAAGUCAAAACAAUAACGCAUAUUUUGACAUGAAAAUGCAGACAGAAGAUCCCACAGUGAGAACUGUUUGUUUCUCCCCAGAGAAACAUGAGAAGUUUAAGAGAAGCUUCGAAGCCUCGUCGCCAGUAAAACUAAGUCAAUUUCAACUUAAAUCUAACCGUUGAACAAAUGAAGAAGAAAUCAUCGUAAACAAGCGAACGAAGCUUGAUAAUCCAUCUGAGUUUGAAAUAACUUUUGACAUUGCGGCAAAAGAAUUUGAUUAUACCACAACGACGACCGCUGUGAGGGAAGUAAACGAAGUUAGGCCUGGAAGAGCGAUCACUGUUCUUGGUCGGGUUACCUUCCAGGGUGGAACGGAAUACGUAAACGUCAGAGGCAAAAGUUUGAAGAAACAAGAAACCAUACUAACUGACGAAACUGGCUCAAUACGUUUAGUUCUCUGGGAAAAUGAUAUCCAGAAAGUUCAGUCAGGGGAGACAUAUACAUGUUGACAAGAUCAGUUGUGCGCGAAUUCGACAACCAACCUUGCAUUACCAUAAACAAGGAAACCCAGAUUUCUAAAGUUAGCCAAACUAUUGCAAAUCCUGAUGAUGAUCUCGCUAAUACCUAUAAAGAAUUCACCAUUUCUACCCCUCCAGAAGGGAUUUUGGCAACACACAGAACCCUAUCCUGCAAGAAAUGCGCCAACUCAAUGGUUGAGCAUACUGCCGGGAAGACAAUAAAAUGCACUGCGUGUGUCCUUAUCCAGUUAUUGCGUCUCUGCCAAAAAAAGGUGCAUGCCAACGUCUUCUUUAUCAAUGAAAAUGGGCAAAAGAUAUCUUUAUUGAUGAAACAACAUAUAAUACAAGCAUUGCUCGAUAUUCAUCAAAGUGAAAGCCAUGCAUGGCAACGUCGUUCCUUUGGAUGAAAUGACAGAUGAAGAACUGCAAGAAAUUCUUCUAACCGUUCAAGCAAACAUCACCAAUAACAACAAAAAUAUCGCAACUAAUGUGAAAAAGAACAUUGGACACUGAGGCAGCAUUACCGCCUGGAUUUACUUAAACACUGUACAUUGCCAUUGGACAGCUACCUGUACCGUUGUACCAAUAAGGGUGCUGUUUUAUAGUUGUUCUGUUUAAAUUGUUCUGUUCAACACUGUACAUCGUACAGCGACGGUCAUUGAUGGAGCAUGUACUGUAUUGGUUACAGCUUUAUACUUAUAGCUAUCAUGUUUAAAUUGUCCUGUCCAACACUGUAGAUCGGACAGCUGCGGUCAUUUGAUAUAUUACAUUGGGUACAGCUUUAUACUUUUUAUAGUUAUCAUGUUUAAAUUGUUCUGUUUAACACUGUACAUAUCGGAAAGCCACGGUCAUUGGAUGCACUGAUACUGACUGUAUUAGGUACAGCUUUAUACUUAUAGUUAUUCUGUUGAACACUAUCACACCUGACAGCUACGGUUAUUGUACUUUUAUAUAGAUUUGCUUUGAUAGUGUGUAGUUUUAUAGUAAUCUAUUCAGAUUGUUUUUUCAAGACUGUUGAUAUUGGUUAUUGUUAAAAUCGAGGAUGUCGUUAAAAUUAAACUGUUUAGACCUGUAAGAUCUUCGGGAACAUUUUAUAUUAUGUCGUGUUUUACCAAAUAAUGUCCUUGCCCUUGCACGGUUCCCGUUUGUAAAAAACUGCUGUAAAUCAUAUCCCCCUUUAAUUUGAUCUCAUCCGUGAGUCGGCCUCGAAGACCUUUGAUUUUCAAUAAUAUAAUAUUGUAUUCUUAAAUGCACAUUAUUAAUCAUUAUACGGAUCGCGAGUCGAAUAUAUAAUCGCGUGUUAUUGUUCCUUGGAUACAAAAUAGUACGCAUAUGUAAAUAUGGCGGACACAAAAGGCAGAAUCAGUCCGAGCAGAAUUCUAUAUGUAAAUUAUCAAAGGCAAAUUAAAGCUCAUUACUGUAUGUCGCAGAAAUACAGUUAUAUUAAAGGACGUUAUGAAGCAAUGUAUUUCAUUAAAAAACACCGACUCUCAUAAUGUACGAAAUGCCAUUUCAGACCCCCGGACGUUUACAAAGGUGUCAUCCACAUUGUCCAAUCUCACUCUUAACUUCUCUGCAAAGUUGAGAGGUCUGCAAUCAGUGUCCGCUAUUCGUGAUAGUCCACCAUAUUUUUGAGAUCAGUGAGGAUGACCACCCACUCAACACCGUUGGUGACCCACGCCCGCGAUAAUUGAUGAACUCUAGACCCCGGGUGUAAAUAGCCGGGGUGAAUUAGUACUCUCGCCGCGGCUCGGGGACUAAACUUGUUGUUGACACGCCAGAAAAAUUAAUCCUAUUUUGAAAUUUAUACAUUUAUUUAGACCUAACCAGGAGCAGCUGCGAAAAGCUAUAGGCCCUCUUGCAGGAAUCGGACCCGCGGUAUAAAAUUAUGAAAUUGUAUAUGACAUUCGAAAUUUCCGUCUACAAAAUCUUUCACGAAAAUAUACCCUUUACCACCUUCAGUGUAACUAUGAUGACCCUUUUAUCGAUCGACCUUUUUAUCGAAUUCGGCUUCUUCGCACGUGUACUCUUCAGCAUUGCAUCGACGAUGUUUCAGAGUAUAAUUAUACGAAUAGAUCCCAACACUGUAAAUUUCAAGUUAAAUCAACUCCAAAAGUGUUAUUCUCUCACCAUUUUUGAUGACAGAAUAACAUUUUUGGAGUUGAUUCGACUCUUUGAAAUUUACAGUGAAUUCAAAAGUUGUAUGGCAAUCCUAGGAUGCAUGCAAACCGGAAGUAUAUUUAUGUUCGCCGACCGCCCUAUAUAUUUAUACUGGAUUGAAAGCACCGGAAAUCGAUACCCAUGCAAUUGGGAUGCUUUGCAAGUGUUUUAUGGCAGACUUGAAAAAAGUCGCGAAAAUGCCAGAAUUCUGCGAUUACAUAGCUUGGCUAUGUAUAGUAAUUUCCUAUAUUAUCUUUCAAAUGCUAGGUGUAAUCAUCCUGCAUGCAUGUAAGCCUAUCAUGGUUUUCGGUAAGGCAUGUACUCGGUUGGGGCAUAUGAACGGUAACCCGGAAAAAACCACUGACUUUCUACAUGGCACGGAUCUUGCCGUCGUCUGCAAUGUAAUUCUGCCUUCGUGCAUUAUAUAUCAACAAGACAACAGACUCUUAUGGAAGGGAGAAGCCGACAUCGCCGCCAAAUUUGUAGAGAAAAUAUAUUCGCUUUUAUAAGAAAUACGACUUUAGAGAAAAAAUUCUAGGCUAUUCCAUGCAAAGAAACUCAGAAAUCCCAAGAUUACUGCAAAUUAAGUUUAAACUUUGGCAGGACGCUAACGCUGUAUUAAAAGAAAUACAUGCAAAAAUUUGUUACAACGCCUGUAGCUACAAUAUAAGAGCAAAUAGUCUCUUAGCAACUCGCUCAUGCAUAUAAAGAGGCCCGACAAUAGAUUUAAUUCGUGAACCUUGUAUCAGUUCCCUUUAGAAUAGGUAUACCUAUAUGCAUGAGGCAUGCAUGUGACAUAAUAUUAUAAUGUCUCCGAAUAAGGUAUAUCAAAUAGAAUAUUGGCACUGCGUAAUAAAUACAAUGUCUGUUUGCGUAAUACGUUACAUAUAAGCAGGUAUCUCCACAUAUGACUUGCAAGUUGUGAUGUAGUUGUACUGAGCUUAAGAUUGCGGAGUUUCGAGGUGGUUGGACACAAAGCUAUUGGUUAUCUGAAGGUAUUUAAGUUCAAUUUAAUCUUUUCAGGUGAGCUCGGAAGGUAUAUAUAAGUUGACUAUAUGCUUCUUCAUGUUCGUUAUAUUCUAUAUUGUUUGGCUACAAUAGCAUAACAACAUAGGCUUUUGGUGCCGCUACGAUACUGAUAGAAAGAAAUGAAAAUUAAAGCAGGGCUCAAACUAGGGAAUUUCUUUGCAGAAAAUGGCAUACCUAUUGUUAAAAUUCAAUACAACUGAUACAUCGGAUAAAUAUCUUAGUUAUUAGUUUCAGCCGAGAGCUCAUAACUGGGUAAAAUAUACUGUGGCGAAAUAAAAUUCAUUGGUUACUGCAGUCAAUCAAUAAGAUGUGCUGUGAAACUAGGCCAAAGUCUUCGACUAUAACUAUUCAGUUAUCGAUAUAUUAACUUGAAGAAUGGCGAAGACUAUAUUUUUUUGAGAAUGAAACAAUUGUCCAAUGUCACUCGAUCAUGUCGAAUCGCUCGACGGUUUUGCCGUUAAUAUAAUAAUUUGCAAAUCCCAAAUAUAUUUGCGCAUAUAUGCAAAUGGUCAAGUUUCCUGAACAUAAAAUCGUAAGCAGUUGCUCAUUUUUGGUGCGUUGAACUUGACGAGUUUCCAGAAACUUGACUAUAUGGAUGAAUACAUGAAUGCAUGCAAAUUAAAUUUAACAAUUAUAUAUAGAAUAUCAUAACUGGUUACAGACAGUAAAGCCAUAAAGGUACGAUUUUAUCACAAAUAUUUAUAUAAUAUAUACUGUAGCUAGUCACUGCCAAAAAAUCGUGGCCGUGAAUACGAAAAAUUUGAUAUAUAUCAUCUUGUGCAUUCUCACAUUACGCCGAAAAAGAACGCACAUGAAUAUACGUAUGUUUGUGUAAUAUCAUUAUGGUUAUAUUCGAAUUAAGUUGUCGAACUUAAUUUUAUUUUCAUUUAAUUUUAAGGGAUUUCAUGAGUUAUUAAAUCCAGUUUACACUUGCAAUUUUUGCCGCGAUUUCAAGUGCGAUUUUCCUUUUCUGAUGCAUGUGAACGAAUAAAUAAGUUGUGAAUGUCCUGAUCAUGAGUACAUAUCUCACUGAUGUACCCUCGUCUGAACAUCCAUAACUCAUACACUUGUUCACAUCCAUCAGACGAAGAAAAUCGCCCCUAAAAUCGCAGCAACUGAAAUUGCAAGCCUGUGUAAACGGGCCUAUAACAGACUGAAUUACGAAUGUGAGCGAUGCUGAUAUUGGCAUGCAAGUUAAAAUUCGCAACUUGUAUAACAAAUCUGCAGCAGACUUGUGUACUAUAUUGCUGUUUCAACAACUCGGGCUGCUUGUUCUCAAGUUUGUUGAUAUGUCGUCAGGAGCUUGUUGACAACUUGCUGCAAGGUUAUUGACUCGACAGACUUGCUAGCUAUACAAAUUGUUCAAAAAACUUGUUAUAAUUGUAUUAAUAAUGUCAUGUAAGUUCUUUUGCAAUACGUCAGUUCAAUCUAGCCUAUAAGGCAUUCAAGAAUCUUCGUUGCCGUCUUGUUUAGUUGUUUCAUAUACGCAAAAUACUAGAAACAAACAGUAAAAUUAACAGAUUUAAAAACGUUUUUAUCCCAUGCAUCAUACGUAUACUGUACACUUAUAAACGAUCAAGACUACUCUUCAAUAUUGCGUACAUGCUGUAGAUUUUAAAAAUUAGUUUUGUAUUUACAUACCUUAAUUGCAAAUUUCAUAUCGUAUCGUGGAUAAGUUAUAUGUUUUUAUGAUCUUUGGCGACUUUGCAAAAUAUUAACACGCCGAUUCUGUCUGACUGUUAGGUGCAGUGGUGCCUAAUUGACUUUGAAUUUGUACUCGAGUAAAAGUAGAAGUAAUUAACAAUAAAACGACUUGAGUAAGAGUAAAAAGUACUGGAAGCAAAACGUACUUUGUAAAAAGUACAAAGUAUCCUUAAAAAAUACUUGAAGUACAAAGUAAAAGUAAAAGUACUAUUGUCUGUGGCGUGUAGAGGGGGAAGGGAACUUCUCCAAUGGAUUAACAUACAAAAGACACAAAACAACACACGCAUUAUAUGCGUGCACCGAAUAUACAAUGUUUCACGGCAUGGUCUACUUUCCAGACCCCAUUGAAGAUAUAAGAAAUCCAUUAAAUAAAUCAUUCUUAUAAGUAAAUCACAAACGAGAGAUCCCAGACGCAUGUAGAGGUCGUAUUACCUUUCCCGAAAUGAAAAUAAACCAGAAAUAAAUCACGUAAAAUUAAACAAAAGUUAGAAAGUACGAAAGUAACGAAAUACUUCGCCACAAAAUGAAAAUAACGAAGUAAAACGUUACUUCUUAAAACGACUUCGUUCCAACUAAAAGUACUCCAGAAAAAGUUUACAUUGUUACAUGCUCACGUCUCAAAAAUAGUACUCAAGUACAAUAACGAAGUACAUUUACUUCGUUCCUUGACACAACUGGCUAGAUGUUACUUUUUAAUAAAAUCUAUCUAUCCAACAACGUUUUAACAAGUUAAUUGUGAGUGUCCAUGCACGUUGUAGCAACUUGAUGGAAUGACAACUUUGAUGCAAUUUGUCGUCAAGGUUGCUACAACUAGUCUGACGCGCUCACAUCUUGUUGACAAGAUGUGAGCUUUAUAUGUGUGUACCCAGGCUCGCACGAAUCAAAUAAGAAUUGUAUAUCUUUAUUUUAAUUCAUUAAAUAACUCCUUUUCUCCUAGCAUGUUUGUUUAAUAACAGGCCUCGUUUUCAUGAUUGAGGUCUUAGUUAUUGAAUAUUGAGCUCUGUUUUCAUGAUUGCUGAGAUAACGCAUACAGAGAGUGUGCAUGCAUUCUUUUCUGUCUGUCUGCAUGCCUUAUCUGUCGAUCGAUGCUUUGGAGAGGAAGAGCGUGUCCGGAAGGUAAAAACUCUUAUACUUGAAGUCACAGUUUCAGUAGUGUUUGUAUCAGAUGCAGCAGAUUUAAAUAGUUGGCGCAAAAAUAAAAAUGGCGCCAAAAGCUAUUGGAAAUUUUUUAUUGUUGGGUUAGGUUGAUUUGGCAUGGAUUGAGGAGGGGCUUACAUGACGUAUGGCUACAAUCUUGGACAAAUAACACUGGUUGAGACCCAGUGUAAUAUUCAUGCCAUAAAAAUAUAUUCUGUAGCUAUGUCCAUUAAAUUAUGGAUUUAUUUUGAUGUAACCCCCACUCCCCCAGUCCAAUGUUGCUAGUAUUUGAUAGCCACAUAACCCAGGUACAUGUUUUCGUCCAAGCAACAUUGAAUCAGGGGGGAGAGGGGGCUCAAAACCAUGGAAAUUUUAAACACUCAUGAACAUGACAUUUGAUCUCAUAUUUGUCUUAAGUGUAUUGUCCAAUUAGAUUGUAGCUUGUAGCCAUAAAUGGUACGGACGUUGCAAAUGCGAUAUCAUAAUAUCAUGAAAAUCAGAGUAAAAGUUGAAACUAUAAAGUGCAUAUUAUAUUAGACAUUAUGCAUAAUCUAUCACAUUAGGUCAAAGUUUAUAAAAAAUUCAAAAUGACUGUAUUUUUCAGAUUUUCGGAUUUUGGCAAGAUGUAUUACCUAUUUUUGCCAUGUAAGCAGCCACGAAAAAAGGCUUUAUUAUAUCUCAGCUCGCCUCCAGACAUGUUAGAAUAAUUUUAGUAUUUCUCCGAGUAAUAUAUUGUACAAGUUUACCUGUAUAGAAUGGUGGAAGCACGUUGUUAAUGAACAGAGGCGUAGGAAGCAUAAAAAGAUUAGGGGAGAGGGGAGGGGGGGGGACGUGGUACCUGCAUGGUUGGGCGGGGGGAGAGAAACUUUUUCCGGUCAUACUGUACUGAAUUGCAACGUACAAUGAACGGUUUUGACAAACUUUUUUUAAAACAUCGGAAUUUCCAAACAAAAAGGGUGCCAGCGACAUUAGCUUAUACAAAGGGCACAUUUCAUCACAAAAAAGGGCACUUUCGGUUCUUUGAAAAUAAUUUGUCCCCUGUUGCCCCCCCCCCCGGUUCCUAGGCCCCUGCCAAUGAAGAACAUUUCAAUGUUAAAACAAAGUAUGUAGCAAUUAUUAAACAAUGUCUUAACUAAGUGACAACAAUUCUCAUUGUUCUUUACCUGUAGGCAAUGAACGCUCUUCUCCUCAUUAGCAUUUUCGUAACUAUCAGGGUCACAACUUUCGCUGGUAAGAAUAUGUUUAUCUACAUUGGUUGACGUUAGCUAUGCUUGGCAGUGGUGAGCUGCCAUUAUAGACUAAUUUUAAAACUAGGCAAGGAGAUGCAAAUUAAUCACCACAGCUAGAAAGAGCAUACUGAAUUUAGUAAAAUUGCAAAGUUUGGUUGCGAAAUGUUGUAAAAUGCGGAAAAUAUAGCCUUGCAAAGUUUGCAAAUAUUGUAGCCCGCGUGCAGGCCCAACGAGGGAAGAAUAGUGGCCUGCAAGGCAGCAUUCUGAUUGGCUGGUAUGCUGUUGAAUUAUAUAAUUAGAUCAGUGAUUGAUCACAAAGGUUCUCGAUAAGUUUAAAAUUGGAUCUCAUCACUUUUUUCGAAUAAAAAUGGAACAUGAAGAGACUGUUUCUUGUUUACUUGAAGGAAGAGAUGUUUUUGCCUGAUGAAGUGUUCGAAUAGCAACUUUACCACUGGGGUAAACUAUAAAAACCUUUACUCGAGUUUCAUUGAUUUCAAACCGAUUUGAUACGUUUAAUAUAUGUUCUUCAAGAAAAUUAUCUUUUGGUUGAUGUUGACUCUGUUCUUGCAUUGAAGAAAACAGCGCUUUUCGUGGCGAAGGUUUAGAGGCAGUUGCAUGCCUAUUCGAAACACUGCAAGUGCGAUUUGCAGGGCUUCUCUGACAGGGCGAAACAGAACACGGUAAUUGCCGUUUGAAACGAUCUGGACUUUAACUGAAAUAAAUUUCGUACUUUCCGCCCCCAAGAAUUGCACACACGAUCUGAUAAGUGAGACAAUUUACUUAUAACAACGGCGAUAGAAACACACAUUUAAAGCUACAAAACACCCGGUCUACCUUGCAGGCCCACUAUUCUUCCCUCGGUGGGCCUGCACGCGGGCUACAAAUUUUGUAUACUUUUGUGUUGCGUGUAGCCUGCAUGGCAGGCGUUCCCUAAAAUCGGGCAAGACGGCCUGCCAUGCAGGCUAUGUUGCGUGCGGAAAUUCCUGCCACAUUCCUACCACCUUUGGGCCCAAAUGUGGUAGGAAUUUUCGCCCGCAAUACAAAAGCAUACAAAAUUUGCAAACUUGCAAGGCUAUAUUCUCCGCAUUUUACAACAUUUCGCACCAAACUUUGCAAUUUUACUUUAGUAUGCUCUUUCUAGCUGCGGUGAUUUAUUUGCAUCUCCUAACCUAGCUUUAAAAUUAGUCUAUAAUGGGAAUUGUCUAUUGGCAUGGCAAUAAAUUUUCAUUAUUACAUGAUAACAUAAUAUACGGAACAGUGUUGCAAGGAAUUAUUAUUACUCGAUCUUGUUUGACUGACAUGCAUUUUUUCAAAUUUUUAGAAAGCUCUAAAAUUAACUGGAGUUUUCAUGGACGAAAUGGUAAUAUGCACAUCCUAUAAAACAUCUUAUACGUAUACGUGUCUAAAUUAACCAGACAGCACAAUACAGAACAGUACUGCAGUAUAACUCUUUCAUUCUUCCGACUGUCCAAUAUGACAAAAUAUAAAGUCUAGACUUCAAUUGAAGUCGAGACUUGAUAGUUUGCCAUAUUAGACGAAAAUGUUUUCUUAUAUCGAAAAAAUAAAUUCUAUAACAAAAAAAUGAUUGUCUUUGUAUAAGCGAUAAUAGUACAGCGAGAAUAAUACAACAGUCAACAUUUAUCACAUGCGCAUCGGCGGCGAAUUUCAGAAUUUGCCGUCAAAUAACUCAAGCAAAAAAGUUAAUAUCCUAGUAAUUUUUAAUGGAACAAGUGCUCAUGAAAUUAUGAAAAACUUAAUUCCAUACAUUAUAAGUAUGUUUUAAAGGUUAUUUGACUGAAUUUUAAACUGGUAGGAAAAACCAUCUGAAAUCUUUUUCAUUACUUUGCCAUAUCGCUUAUUGUGUGUUUGAAGUUGACUAAACAUCUGGAAAGGUUUGUUGUGCAUGUGUUUGAAAUUGACAAAAUAUCUUAAAAAGGUAGAUAAACUGCAGGAAAAAGCCACGAUAAUCUACUGUCCAGUACGCUCCAGACCUGUUCUUCAUCGUAAAAUGUCGGACAGGCACGUGACCCUUUUUUUGAACAGUCUCUGCCAUUGUAAGUUGUGCCAAUAAUAUAUAACAAGCUUUCGUUGGUAGGGAUGCAACUACCUGAAAAAUACAAAGCGAAAUUAGUCGACGUUUCGAGCGUAAGCCCCUAGUCGGGAAGUUAGUAGACGUGACCCUAUGGAAGACUCGUGUUUGGUCAAUUGCAUGUCAGCUUAGCUAAUAACAAUACAGAAUAAUACACUACAGAGUUUUCUGUAUACCAUCAAGAGAAUAUGAUACCAGUCGAUGAAUAGACCUUUAUUAAUAUAGGAUUUGUGCACUUUCGUGUACUUUCAUAUAAUGUAGGAUCUGAUGUACUAACUACUUAAUAUCGAAGAGCCGUGUCUUUGAAAUGUCUCUUAUAGAGCAAAUAAAUUCUUUUCCCUUCCUUUAAACAGGUCCCUCUCAUUGGUCAAAAUCCUACCCGAUAUGCAGCAAUAAGCGUCAAUCUCCCAUCAACAUUCCUCUCUUCAAGAAAGAUUUCCAACCAUCACUCAAAGCUUCUCUUAAGUUCUCUCACUAUACCUGUCCAUGUCGUGGAGAUUUCGUAAUGCGGAACAAUGGAAAAACUUUGCAAAUAGACGUAAGAAAUGCUAUAGCUUCGUUAACUUUGAAUCGUGAAAGACGUUACAUGUUGGAUCAUCUUCACUUUCACUGGGGAAGUAAUAAUCAGAUUGGAUCUGAACAUCAUUUUGAAGGAAGAAGUUUUCCUGCUGAGGUCAGUUAAGACAUAGUUCAUAAAAUGUAAAUUUGCAAUUGUAUUUGUAAAUAUUUAUUGUUCAGGCUGUACAAUGGUACGUUCAUUAUUUUCAGCAGGGUAGAAGUGUACAAGAUUUAGAAUUGUAUAAUUAUAAUUUUAUGUGGAAAUUACAUUUAAAUGGUAAAAUCUCCUCUAUCUUUUCUCGAAUCAAAUUUUGCUUCCCUGUUGGGUCAUGAUCAACUCUUUCAGUGUUCUUCACAGUACACAGCCACAUAUAAUAUAAUGAUAAGCUCUCAUAUUUUUUUUUCACUUUUAAUCAUGAAAUAAGGAUUCACUCCUUCAUUUAACCUUUGUCAAUCCUAUAACCUCUUGAACUACGUUAUAUUAUUUCAGCUCCACUUCGUGCACUAUAACAUAGAGUUUCACAAUCUGUCUGUUGCUAUUGAUAAAGCCAACGCUCUUGCUGUCCUCGGAGUCAUGAUACAGGUUUGCUAAAGAUUUUAGGUAAUAAAGGUUAAUUAAUGCAUAAAUAACAAAGCAUGAGCUACAAGCUAUGUCAAACUAGGUUUCCGUUUCGUCAUUUAAGCCAGGUACGUUUCCGUUUUGUCCUGACGAAGUCAUAUCCGACCAUAGGGCAGAUAGUAUUGGUUUUUUGUGUGGCUGUUUUGCGUCGUUUUUUUGUGUGGCUGAUGCCGGAAAAGGCUGCAUGAAAAUUAGAUGUAAAUUGACCAAUUCAGACCACAUAUGCAUGCACGAGUAAAUUUUUCAAAGAACAUCAAAAUAGCACGCAGGGCCGUAGCGUCCACGGGUGUGUGUGUAGGGGAGUGCAACAUCCCUCCCCCUAAUAAUUGCUCAUGAGCAAUUUCAGGUAGAUUUCCAGUAGAUUUUUCGGUAAAUUCAUGCAGGUAGAUUUCCACUAGAUUUUUCGGUAAAUUCAGGUAAUUCUCAGGCAUAAGAAAGUGAAUUGGGAAAAAUAACUAUAUAAUUAUGUGGAAAAAUCUUUUUGUAUUUUCGUAAAAAUUAAGAUAUCUACAGUAAAAUUUUUGUAUUUUGGGAAAAAUUCUGAUAAGUCCGGAAAAAUUUUUGUCAACGUUGUCCCCAGGGCCUUGCGAAAAUAACGAAAUCAUCGGAAAAUUUUUGGUAUGUAGUUUUGCGACGUCCCCACCCCGAAAUUUUCUUGGCAUGCAUGCUUCGCAAAGAAGGACUUGUCUUUCAAACGCUUCUUAUUUUAGGUUGGAAAGAGGAAUUCAGCAUUUGACAAAUUUUUAAAGUAUCUUCACAGAGUUAAAGACAUAGGUAAGACUUUUACAUUAAUAAAGUAACAGUUCAAAUACGAGAAUGGACAAGUUACCGGGACUCGACAUUGCACCCGGACUUUACAAUCCGGACAUUUCCGAUAAAGUCCGAAGUUGAAUUAUCUUAUGAAACGCAGAAAUUUACAUAGUUUCAAAGUACUCAACGUAUUUUUUCAAAGUACUACUAGUACAGUAAUCUGAAAGUAUAUAGAUUCGACUCAACGUAUUUUUUCAAAGUACUACUAGUACAGUAAUCUGAAAGUAUAUAGAUUCGAUCUGAUUUAAAGUUACUACUAUACUUAAGAAAAAUUUCAAAGUGUCCUGUAGGACGUCUUCCUCCAAUUUCAAAACACUAAUUGACCUUUUGUUUUUGGUUAACGAAUUUUAAAAACGAGUCUGAGAAACAUGAAAUCAAAACUACAUUGUACUAUACGUCACACAGCAGCUAAUUCUAAGCGAAAAAGUUUAUUGUGCGCUCUUGUCUUUGUGCAGGUCAAGGAUUUAAAAUUCCAGCAUUUGACGUUAAAUCUCUGCUACCAAAGGACACUGGGAAGUUCUACCGUUAUGAAGGAUCAUUGACAACACCACCUUGCUUUGAUAAUGUCACUUGGACUGUGUUGUACGACCCAGUUGAAAUAUCACACCAACAGGUAAAAUUUUCAGCUGGAUUGUAGACAAACUCACAAUCCGAGUGUUGUUUUGCGAUAAAUGUAUUUCUAACUAAAAAACUUUUACAACAACAACAUGUUAUAUGUCAUGCAAAUUUGAAUAAAUCUAAAUAACCUAAAUUAUAUCUAUUGUCCUAAAUUGAAUAUAAACCAACUAAUGUCAAAAACACUAUUAAUUAACGACCUAUUAAUGACACUCCCACUUUUUUGACAUUUUUAAAUGUUAUACAAUAAGUUCUAGUCCAAGAGCAUAUCGGAGUUUCACGAACAGAGAUUUCGAUAACGGUUUCGUUAGAAUGUCUGCGACCAUUUCACUUGUUGGAACGUACUCGAGAGCAAUAACUCCACUUUGCAGCUCCUCACGAAUAAAAUGAUAGCGUGUAUCAAUGUGCUUGGUUCUUGCAUGCGAUACAGGAUUCUUGGCUAUCGAAAUAGCUGCUUGGUUGUCUUCGUAGAUCACAGUUGCUUCAGCUAACGGUUGACCAAUAUCACCAAGUAACUGACGAAGCCAUAUUGUUUCUUGCGUAGCGAAACUCAAGGCGACAUACUCUGGCUCUGCUGUCGACAGUGCAACUGUCGGUUGCUUCUUACUCAACCAGCUUACUGCUCCACUUGCCAUAAUUAAUGCAUUACCACUAGUAGAAUGUCGGUCAUCAAGGUCACCUGCCCAAUCAGCAUCGGAGUAGACCGUUAAACUUUUGUUAGUGGAUCCAUCGUACUUCAAGCCAAGAUUUUCAGUUCCUUUUAAAUAUCGUAGAACUCGUUUAGCAGCAGUUAGAUGUGCUUCCGACGGUUUAGCACAAAAUUUUGACAAAACUCCCACUGCAUAUGCAAUAUCUGGACGAGUGGCGACUGCAAGGUAAAGUAAACUUCCGAUGAUGGACUGGUAUUGCGUUGGAUCAACUGGUUUACUGACUCUGUCUUCUUUGAUUAACUUGACAUUCACGUCAGCAGGCGUUGCGACCGUUUUAGCUUCAGCUUGUCCAAACUUUGCGACUAUUUUGUUAAUGUACUGUCUCUGGUGUAGCCAUAGUCGGUUAUUCUGUUUAUCCUGGACAACGCUGACUCCGACAUAAUACUGUGGCUCUCCCAUAUCUGUCAUCUUAAACUCCACCUUUAGGACUCUCUUCUUUUCUUCCAUUUCUUGGACAUUCUCCGCCAAUAUGAUCAGAUCAUCUACAUGAACUGCAAUGAUAAUCAGUGUGUCUUCCUUCUUUACGUAAACGCAUGGAUCUGCAGAAACUUUAGUGAAACCAAGCUUCUCCAGUUUUUCUUGUAGGGCUCUGUUCCAGCAUCUUGGAGACUGUUUCAAACCAUAAAGCGACUUUUCAAGCUUGCAUACCAAGUGCUCUUUUCCAGAUUGAACAUAUCCCUCCGGUUGUCGCAUGUAGAUAUCCUCAUCUAACCGACCGUUAAGAAAAGCAGUAACAACGUCCAUUUGAUGAAUAACCAUGUUGUUCUGGACUGCAAAUGCGAGCAAUGUUCGUAUCGACGAAAAGCGUACUACAGGUGAAAACGUUUCAUCGUAAUCAAUUCCGUACUUCUGGGCAUAUCCUUUGGCAACUAGUCGCGCUUUGAAACGAUUUACUCUUCCAUCAGAAUCGUGCUUCGCUCUGAAUACCCAUCUGUAACCAAUAGCUGUUCGACCAGGUGGCAACUGUACAAGUCUCCAGGUCUUGUUUUCCAUCAGUGAAUUGUAUUCUGAGUCAGCAGCAGCCAUCCAUUCUUUCGAGUGUUGGUUUUCUUUAGCUUCGCUCAUGGACGAGGGUUCUUCUAUCUCACAUACAUUGUAAGCGACAUGACGUGCGGGAUGUACAGGACUAGCAGUCUCUGCAUACUCGUCGUAUCCAUAUCUGACAGGGGCUUUCCGUGUUCUACCAGAAGUCCUUGGUUCUGUGGAUACUUCUUCUCCCACUUUUUCUUCUUCGAAUUCCACCGUUUCUUCUUUCACGUCUUCUGUCGUUUGAUCUUGAGAUUUUGUCGUCAUCAUUUCAUCCUUGUCGCCAAAAUCGUUUUCAUUGAACUCGACAUCCCUUCGGACGACCAUCUUUCGCUUGAUUUCAUCGAACAAACGGUAUCCUUUUGACGUACGACAAUAACCAACAAAGCGUAGUCUUUCCGCUUUCUUGUCCAAUUUUUGUCGUUUGCUGUCUGGAACAUGGGCGAAGGCCAUACACCCAAACACACGGAAAUGACUGACGUUCGGUUUUCUUUCAUACCAUCGCUCGUACGGCGUUGUAUUCCCUUUGAUUGCUGUCGUAGGCAUUCGAUUUCUCACAUAAACAGCCGUGGAAAUGGCUUCAGCCCAGUACAUCUUAGGUAAUCUUGCUUGUGCGAUCAUCGACCGAGCAGACUCGACCAACGUUCUAUUCAUACGUUCAGCGACACCAUUUUGCUGAGGAGAAUAUGGAACAGUUAAUUCAUGCUUAAUACUUUUCGCUUUGAGAUAGUCUUGAAAUUCUGUGGAAAGAUACUCGCCAUCAUUAUCAGUUCGCAAUAUUCCUAUCGAUCUUCCAGCCUCGUUCGUUGCUGCAGCCUCAAACUCUUUAAAUUUCUCCAGAACUUCUAACUUCUGCUUCAUAAAGUACACUGCACAACAUCGAGAGUAAUCAUCAGUGAACGUCACGAAAUAUCUUGCUCCGCCAAAUGACUCUGUUUGCAUUGGACCACACACAUCGCUAUGUACUAGCUGUAGCUUGUGAGAUGAACGAAUUUCUUCCCGAGCAAGAAAUGGCUUUCGAUGCAUUUUUCCAGCCAAACAUGCUUCGCAGAACGAAAGUUUGUCAACGUUUUCACAACAAAUUCCUUUCACAAUAUUAUUCUUAAUGCAACUAUUUAGUCGUUGCUCGUGUACGUGUCCCAACCGUUGAUGCCAAAGAUCACUACUUUCCAGUGAAGCUAACGUAGCGUGCAGUGGCGUGCUGGCAGGGGGGGCCGGGGGGCCGGGGGGCCACGGCCCCCCCAGCUGGCAAUUCUUGGGGGGCGCAAAAAUGAAAAUGGGGCGCCGAAUUUUGAAAGUGGGUGGGCAAAAACACAUUCUCGAAAAAAUAUGGUUACUUCCGCCAAGAAAAGACGUGUUUAUAGGCUACAGUAUAAAACAGACUAAGCGCAUAGGCGACAUAUAGUAAAUUACAGACUAUUUUGCCUAACCGUAUUUGCUACCUCACAGCUCACACGAAAUCGUUCAUAUAAAAACAUGAUCAGUGAUCACAGGCAAUGUCUCAUUACCGGAAUAUUGGUCAGGUUUCGAUCGAAGCGAUCACAGGAAUUAUGCCCUUUUUUGCUGGUAUUAUGCCCUUAUAAUAUGCCCUUUAUUAUGCUUUACGAAUCACGAGGGCGGCGCAAAUUAGAUAGUUGAAGUUAUGAUAACUGAUGUAAAGUUGUGUACGCAAUUUAGUUGUUUGCACAAGAAGCAUGAGUAAUGUAAAUAAUGAAAUAAUGCUGAAACAUGCCCUUUGGGCAGCCAGGCAAAGAAACCUUAAAAUGCAUAUGCGUGGGGUGCGUGUGUUAUUGUAUAAAAGAACUUUAAGUUGUUAUUGUGCUCAGAACAGUAGAUCAGUAGAGAACAGAAUUGGGAUUAAAUUAAUCGCUGGAAGUAGUUAGCAUUGCAUAAUUUAAGUACUACAACUAAAUUCUAACCAAAUUGCAAAUUUCGACACGUCAUAAUGCCGUUUCCUGACCAUCAGAUUUCUGUCAAACCUUCCCCCAAAGUCCAGGAAAUGGCAUUUCAGAGACUCUAAAUUCAAAAAUUUUCCUGGGGGGCAUGCCCCCGGACCCCCCUAGACAAACCUCGCACCGGCCUGCGGCACUCGGCUCGUGCCUUCGGCCUCGUUUAUCAAGUGUAACAUUAUAGGGGCGCAUAUUGGUUGACAGCCCACUGGCCCCUCCAGAAAAAUAGUACCCAGCACGCCACUGGUAGCGUGUCCGUUUGAGACGUCUUUGCAAUCCAACUUGUACAACUUGUUGGCUAAUGAUCCCAUUCCUCGUAGUCUCCCACUGGCAUCACUUAUCCAGCAUUUAUCACCACGAAACUUCACCACAUUACCUUUCGCAACGGCAGCUCGAACGGAAAACAGGUUAGAGGUAAGCUUUGCAACAUACAACACAUUACACAGUAUACCUCGCUUCGACUUGCUCCCAGAGAACAACAUAUCCAUAUGCACGUUACCAGAUCCCAACGCUUGUACAACGCGGCCAUCUCCCAAGGCAACGCUUUCGGGUUCCCCAAACUGUUGAUAAUUCACCAGAACACUUUUGCCCUUCGUCAUAUGACUUGAAGCUCCAGAAUCGAUCAACCAAUGACAAUCAGAAAGCUUUGCAUUUCCCUCGGAGACUGUAAAUACACAAGCAUCAAUUUCAGAUUCACUAUCAGAGUUUUGGGUCUUUCCGACUUUUGCUCCAUGUCCUGAUUUAUACACUGGUUUUGAAUAUCUCGCUUUUUCCUGAGGGCAAUUUCGACGAAUAUGGCCAACAGUUCCACACUUAAAACACUUCCGACUUUCCUGAAAAUUUUUCUUUCGGUUUCCCAUUAAGGCAGACUCAUUCUUAACUGACUCGUUCUUAGGUCCUUGCUUCGAUUCUUCAUGCAUAAGAGCUUGUUGAACGAAGUCCAUUUUCACAUCACCAACUCUGGCUUCUAAGGCGGUUACAAGAGUUGCAUAACUUCUCGGCAAACUUCCUAAUAAAGUCACAACUUGAUCCUCUUCAGAGAUAGGUGCACCGAUAGCUGCCAAUUUAUCCGCGAUGUCCUUCAUGUGUUUCAAAUGUUUCUCCAUAGAAGUUCCUUCUUUCAUCUCUGUUCGGAAAUACUUUUUCUUUAAAAACAGUUUGUUCGCUAACGUAUCUCGCUCAAAAUGAUUCUUUAGUGCAUCCCACGCUUGCUUCGGAUUUUCACAUGAGCUAACCAAAUAUAGCUGAGCUGAUUUUUAAAUCAGCAAUUAAAAUUGCUAAAACAAUUGUUGAGAACGCCCUUUGCGCUUUCCAACGAAAUUGUGCCGCCGUUUCUCCCGAAGCUGACCCUGCUAGCUCUUCCGAACCGUCUACGAAACCCCACGUGCACAGCUCUUUCGCCAACAGCAAAUGCUUCAUUUGAAACUUCCAAGUACUCCAAUUGCUCCCGUCUAACUUGUCGAUUGACCAUUUUUCCUCCAUUAGUCGUCAACAGACCAGCACGAGUUAUUAUUACAAGCGUUAUUUGUUCAGCAAACUGAAGUUCUAUCGAAAAACCGGCGACGUCGUAGGAUUGUUAAACGAUCCUAACAGCAUGUUCUGGGCCCAUAACCUGUAGACAAACUCACAAUCCGAGUGUUGUUUUGCGAUAAAUGUAUUUCUAACUAAAAAACUUUUACAACAACAACAUGUUAUAUGUCAUGCAAAUUUGAAUAAAUCUAAAUAACCUAAAUUAUCUAUUGUCCUAAAUUGAAUAUAAACCAACUAAUGUCCAAAACACUAUUAAUUAACGACCUAUUAAUGACAUGGAUUGUUAGCGUGGCUGAUAGCAGAUAAUAGGCCGAUAGGCGUACGGGUGGGGAGCAGGGGACAGCUGCCUCCAGUCGAAAUGAACUCGGGCAAAUUAUAAAUCAGUAACCCGAUAAUUGUUUCUAUUUUUACCAUCUCGAUAAUUACACUCGCCCUACGUCAUAGUAUUGAGUACUCUGGCCUAGCUAGAGUUGGUCCAUAGAAACUUAAAAUUUCUGUUUAAAAAUUUUAUUAAUUGAUACUAAUUUUUUCGUGAAACUAUUUUACGUGUUAAUUGAUCUGUAUAAUUAGAUAAUCAUCCUUAACCUGACGCAUCUGUACUGCAUAAUUUUAAAAGUUCUUUAGAAGUUAUGGGUCAAAUAUAGGCUAUGAAGGGUGCCACGUUAUAUAUACGUGGUACGAAACUAUGAAUAGUGAUCCUAUAUGUUGAAAAUUGUGAUAUUCACCGCUUCUGACGCUUUGUUCGUUAUGCUAAAUACAGGAGGAAUUUCCGGAAGUUAAUUGUUUAUGCUGGACUUUAAACUUCCAAGGGUCGGUAACGCUGAUCUAUAUAUAACAUGCACUUGCUUUAUUGAUUAACUCUUUGAUCAAUCUGGAGGAAGCUGAUAAGAGACAUGUCAAUCAAAGUGUUGCGCCUGGUUACUUAUGGCUAUUUAUAAAGACUUUUGGAAGUCUAAUUAACACUAGAAAUAGCCAUCCUCUUCCGCAGGCAUGUCGUGUUUCACUUGCCCGCAAACAAAUUCGGUCCGCCAAUCUAAAGGCGAUGCCUGCGGAGGAGGCUUGGAAUCGCACAAAUUGCACGCCCUGUUUAUUAAUACCCACAUUUUCCGGCUUCACAAUUUCGGCGCGAAACGCAAACGAAAAUGCUGCAAACGAAACAAGUCGACUUCUCUCUCGCGAAUUCAUCAGUCGAGUUUGCCAGUUUUGCUUGUGAUUUCAUUUCUCAACCAAGCUAGGUUAGUAGUAAGAGGUCGACUUGGAGCAAGUCUAUAGCUAGAGCAAGGCUUAAUAAUUGUUCAUUUCAUUUAUGUGUGAACCAACUUCAACAACUGUGCUAUUAUUUAUUUAAAAGAUGUAAAAGACAUGUAAACUUGAGUCUAAAAAUUCUUUCUAUUGGCAGAAAAUAGUCAAUGCUUUCUUUGAGGAAAUAUUUGUCAAAAAUAUUUCAGUGCAUGCCCAUCGCAGUUUUGCGUUGUAUUCAUUUUUAUAAAAUCCUAACGUCUGGAAGCGGCCGAAAGAGAAGCCAUUUUGUUUUUGUAGUAAUGCCACAUUGUAUUAUUGGAAUGACGUCAUAAUGUUGAAUACUCUUUUCCGUAUAUUUCGACCCCGGUCCCGGUUGGUCCGUUGACGUAAUCGUGCAGUAAUUUUUACCAUUGGUUAGACAUUCAUACGACGAAAUCACCAGAAAUCGAUUAAAAUUAAUAAAUUGCCAUUAACGUAGUGUAACAGGAAAUGGGAAUAUUCAAUAUGGUAAAUACUGAAUAUUUACAGGAUAAAUAGUAUCCGCCUCAGGUUCUGCCUUUGACAUAAGCAUUGACCUUAGUCUGGACGAUUACCGAAUAUUAUGCUCAACCAAUAAUGUUUAAUUCUAUCUCAGAAAAGGAGCAAAAUAAUAUAUAAUUAAGACACCCUUACCAUAAUAUUUCUCCUUAUUUUGUAUAGCUUGAAAAAUUCCGUGCAUUGAGAGAUAAUCUGGGGCAUGCCUUGGUGAACAACUUCCGUCCAGUUCAAGAACUCAAUGGUCGCAGUGUAUCAAGCAGCUUCCGAUUAUUUAAUCGAAUACAUUAGGAGGUAUACACCUGGGGCUUCAAAAAACAAGAUUGCUUUGCCAAAAUGUAUAGCGUCCAAUAAGCAAUAUGUAUCGAAUUCGCGCAUUUACUUGCAUAUGGUUUUUUAUAGCUUUGGGAUUGUCGAAUACUAAUAAAUGGAAUAAAAAAAAUACUGAACAAAAAUCUUCUUGUGUAAUACUUGUAAUAAACAGUGUUACGCCAUUAACGUUGAACUUACAAUGGAUAUAUUUAUCGAAUAUAAACGUAAUGACAUGUUAUGUCUAGACGUACAAUUGGGGGGGGGGGGUGUCCAACUUGUCAAUGUCAAUGUAUUACAUCCCCCUUCUUCAUAUUAAUAUAACUUUAAUAUGAACUGUUCGAAUAAUCGUGUCCGUAUUUAUCUAUAGAUAAUAAUAGUCCAGUUACUAUAGGCAGGAUAAGUUGCAAGUAUCUCAGAAAGUUUGAUUAAAUCUAUUUCAUUUCAUGACAUAGUCUCUGUAUUUUACUGGUAGCGCUGUGGUUCUCAUUGGUCGUCCCUGAUCAGG